GGACGUGGCAGUCCUCGCUGCUCCUGCGUGGAAGUUGCGGUGAACCGGUCCGUGGAGAGUGGUUUCCUCUCGUUCUCGCCGUGUUUAAUAUACGUAUUAACUCUUAUAGGGUCUGACAUUCUCGGCCAAUUAUGGGGCUCACCAUCUCGUCCAUCUUCGGCCGGCUCUUCGGCAAAAAACAGAUGCGGAUUCUGAUGGUUGGGCUGGAUGCUGCUGGAAAAACAACUAUCUUAUACAAACUGAAGCUCGGUGAAAUUGUAACCACUAUUCCAACUAUAGGUUUCAAUGUGGAGACCGUUGAAUAUAAAAAUAUCAGUUUCACUGUGUGGGACGUGGGUGGUCAGGACAAGAUCAGACCUCUGUGGAGGCAUUACUUCCAGAACACGCAGGGCCUCAUCUUUGUAGUGGACAGUAAUGACAGAGAACGAGUGGCUGAGUCUGCAGAGGAGCUGUCAAAGAUGUUGCUGGAAGAUGAACUGAAAGAUGCCGUUUUACUGGUAUUUGCUAACAAGCAGGACCUUCCUAACGCCUUAUCGGUCAGUGAAUUGACAGACAAGCUUGGCCUGCAGGCCCUCCGCAACAAAACUUGGCACAUCGAGUCUACCUGUGCCACCCAGGGCACUGGGCUCUAUGAGGGACUUGACUGGCUAUCCAAAGAGUUGUCCAAGAACUAAUGAAGGAUCAGCUGAACGGAGAAGGGAGACUGAACACCACAGGAGAAGAGGCACAGUUAUUCAAAGAAGAAACCUUUGGUCUUCCAGUGUUCAUGUUCAUAAAAAAAGGACGGGUCUGGUGGGCAAUAUAAUCAACUAUGACAACCUUUUAAUAUCUUUUCUUUUUUCUUAUAUUCACAGUAUUUCAUUGUUUAUAUGCUGAUUCUGUGUCUGCUUCACUCCCUAUGUUGCCAUGUAUUUAUACUUUCAGUUGAUAAGCAAAUGAGAAGAAAAUCUAUAACUGUUGAAGAUUCCUUAAACCUUCCUCAAGUUGGGGUUGGGGGGCAUGACAAUAUGACCCCAGAGCUUUGGUGAAGGACUCUGUAAGCUGUUGAUCUCCAUGGCCCCCUGUGGAUAUUUGACUCCCUCACUCACCUGACCCUGAGCUCUUCACUGCCACUGCUUCAAUCCUGGGCCAGCUUACUUUGUCAAGGCUUGCAAAGGGAGCUGGAAGAGGAUUGUAGACAUGUCUUUGUUGUGCUGUAGUGGGUGCAACAAAACUUACAAAAGCGUGGAGUUGCAUGCCUCCAAAAAAAACAAGGAACUGUGUGCCUUGCGCUCUUUAUUUUGCACAAAUCUCAGCUAUCCAUUUGUUAGCCCUUUACAAGGUCAUGUUCCUGCUUAGGAUGCUUCUGUGUCUUUAUGCUUUCGCAAGAUAAAAUUAAGUAAUAAGACUUUGUUUUGUGCUGAUUUGUAUGCUAUGCUGCAGCAGAACCACACCACUGUGAGUUGCUUUCAUACAACUUGAUUUUACUGUUUGAACUUGAUCUUUUAUGAAUAUUUCUUCACUCUCCUUGUCGGCCAUUAUCAUAAUCACUAAGAAAAGAAGGAUUAUUGAAUAAAAGGUUCUAGUCUUUUUCUUCACAGGGAGUCGUUUAGCCUUAAAGAAAGAAGGAAGGAAGCAUUUUCUAAGAGUUGACAAACGGCCAAAUACAUUGCAACACAGUGAGGUAGCAUUUUUUUUUUUUUUUUAAUUUUAUUUUUUUUGUUCUUUGGUCACCAGUGUUUUGUUGGGCUGUUUGGCAAAUUUCAUCUUAAUUGUUUGACAGCUACAGAAAUACACAUUUGUACAUUCCAACUUGUGCUUUCAAAUGCUGAAGCUGCAUUAAAAAAGUUUGCUAACAGUGUUUUACAAAAAAAAUAAAAAGAAGGUACAAAAUAAAACCAGCAUUAAAGUAA